AUGAAGGGUGGCGGAGGCGGUAAGGGAGGCUGCGGUGGGGGCUGCGGUGGAGGCGGCGGAGGUGGCUGUGGAGGAGGUGGCGGUGGAUGUGGGCGCAGCUGCGGAGGCGGCGGCUGUGGAGGCGGAGCUCCUCCUCCUCCACCUCCCCCUGCAUAUGGGGCGCCGUUUGGUGGGGGAGGAGGUGGGGGCAGUUAUGCUUCUGCCCCCAGUUCCAGUUACGGUGCACCGCCCAGUUCAAGCUACGGGGCUCCUUUCGGCGGCGGUGGAGGUGCAGGUCUACUGACCACGGGUGGUGGCGGCGGCGGCGACAGCUACGGUGCCAACAGCCAGUGGGUCUCUGCGUGGUCUGAAAGAAGUCUCGCACACCGUACCUGGCCUGUGCAAGCACCUGUAAACGACACCACCGUCGCGGAAGAUUCUGUUGUGGCUGGCAGCAUGUAG